AUGCUGAGCCGGCAUGUGCAGGAUCCGCACAACACGAUUACGUCGCUCUCUGCCUCUUUCUCUGCCUCGCUCUCCUUAUCCGAGGCCAUCGAUCUCGAUAUUGUCGACGAAAUCAUCAGCCGCGCUCGGGACGCCACCACAUUCGCCCAGACUCAGCAUGCAUACAAUCAAGUCCUCAAGGAACGGGGUAUCCGACCCAGUGACGACAAGUUGUACUACCAGUUCAUGCUCAAGUUGAGCAUGGUUAGGGCUGCAACCUGGGGAGAGCGAUGGGAUGUCUGGCGAUCGAUGCACGAUGAGACGCGUGCUGCCUCCGCCACUGCUGUGUCGUCUGCAUCGAAGUCGCGAAGCAUGAACCCACUGAAGUCCAGAGUCCCCUUCCUGGCGAGCGCGAGCUCCGACCUCGACGAAGGAUUCGCCGACGAAUCUGGCGCCGAGUCCGAGGUUGCCGUACGGGAGUCGCCCCGCAAGAACCUCCGCAAAACAUUGGAAACUUUUCGAGGCCAGUCUUUAGUCGGCUACACGCCGUCCAAUUCGGGCGAGGAGGACUCGCUCGACCUUGUCGGUCCGCCAAUCCGGACCUCGACUCCGAGAAAGGCACGGAAGAGUGCUGGCUACCACGUCUACGACGACUUCGGCAAGUUCUUGGACACGCGCCGGACGAGCUCAUUGUCUCCGACCCCACCCACAUACGAAGAGUCUGUCACUUACAGCACCAUCAAUCCCGAUCGGACAUUGACCGCGACACCUAAGGCGACCGAUGAUACUCCCUACAUUCACCCUCGCGAGCUCAAAGACCUCGAAUUCAAAGCUGACCAGUUCCUGCGACUGGGCCUACUGGGUCGAUGCUUCAGCACGUGGUAUCAGUCGGCAGAUUGGAUCUGGAGCACGUCCAACAAGAUCCAGGAGGUCCGUAACAUGCUCCUCCUGCGACAGCACCUGCACAAGUGGCAGGAGGUUUUGGAGAUCAAUCUCGGCCGACCAGCUACGGCCGACGCGCACUUCCAGAUGUCUACAGAAAAGAAGGUAGUCGAGAAGUGGCUGAACAAGGCACGAGAGCGACGUCGUGACAGGCGUCUGCUGGAAACAGAAGAGGCGGUCACCCGAGCCAUGGACGACGCCGCUGCUCGGGCGGCGUGGAAGAUGUGGCGCGAGAAGCUGGUCAUGACUCGAACGAAGCGAUGGGAGAAGGAUCUGAAGCGACGAGAAAAGCAGGCCGUCCAGCAGUUCCGCAAAACCAAGCUGGAGCGAGCUUUCAACCGGGCGGAGCAGGCGCGUCUGGCGGACGCCUUCAACGAUCGCUCUGUCAAGAGAUCCGCCAUGGCUCGAAUGGGGAGUGCUCUGCAGAAGCGUAUCUCGAGGGAGCAGAUGGCCCACGAGAUCGUGGCAGCGCGUGAUCGAGAGCUCCUGUCCAAGGCCAUCCGCAUUUGGAGUCUCGUCGGUCGAAGCAAACUGUACGCCCGCGUAUCCGACCGCCGCCAGGAACGUAUCGUCUUUGGCAAGUGGCUGGGCAAGAUGGAUAGAGUCCACGACCUUAAUGAGUUCAAAGCUGCGUCAGAUUUGAGGCGCAAGUAUACUGCGCUCACUCGCUGGCGGGAUGUCAUCGGUUCAAAGCGAAAUGCAGCGUUAAAGGCCGACCUCAUGUACGAAAUGCGGACCAAACACAGAUUAGUCACCAAAUGGAAGCAAGCCCAUGUCAAGCAAGCCGACAACGAGGCGACCGCCGACAAGGCGCAUGCUUUCUUCACUUUACGAGCCACUUUCAAGAUCUGGAAAGGAGCGCGGAUCCUCCGACAACAGCAAGCUUUCGUGGAGAAGCGUCGCCUCAACGACUUGAAAUCGUGGAUGGAUGGUAAGUUGUUGAGCUUGGAGGAGAAGGUCAAGGUUGAAGAGUUCCAGAAGGAGCGGGCCAAGCGUCUAGACCAGUGGACGCAGCGCGUGAUUGCGAUCAAGUCGGACGAGAUCACCGUCACGGAGCAGUACAACGCCAGACUCUCGCGACGCGUGUUCGACCGGUGGACAGGGGAACUGAAGCGGACUCGGAAUCUCGCGGCUCUGCUCGCUAGCGCCCUCGAUAUUCGUGCAGAGGAGCAGCUGCGCGGGGCGUUCCGCGCUUGGCGUCAACGGGCGGCUUACGAACGCGAUCUUCGACAGCGCUCCGAGUUCUUCGCGAAUGAGCGUCGCCAGCGAACUCUUUCCGAGGCGAUGGACAAGUGGGUCGGCCUGAAGCGAGAGCGUGACCUGCGGUCGGUCGAGGAAGAGGUCGCUCUGCGUCAUGAAGAUGCCCUUCUCUUCGCCGUCUACGACCGCUGGAUUGCGAGGACAGCCUCGUUCGACGCCAUUCGUUUCGACUGUCGGCGCAUGCGCAGAAACACCUUCGACCGGUGGCAGAAGGCUUUAGUCCGUAUUCGAGAGGAGAAGAGGGCAGCCGCAGAACACGAUACCAAGCUGAAGGGUGAGUUUACCAUGGAUGUUUGCGCUGACAGAACAGAGGAGGCCUUUGGCUUGUGGAGGAAAGCCUACCUGGCCAAAAUGGUCAAGAAACGGACUCCCGCCCUUAUAGAUGGCCGCCGCGCCCACAGCCCGGCAUUCGCCGAACCUCGUCGAGGCAGCAGCCCUCUGUUCGGUGAAGCUGUGCGGGCACGGCACAGUCUUCCUGGCGUAGGCGUGCCUCCUAGAACACGGGCUGUACCGGGACCACGCCCUUCUCUGCCAGCGGGUAGCAGCAGCCGGUCGCUACUGCCGCGCCCCGGCCGUGUAGUGUCCGGUACGUCUGGUAGUUCGAAGUCUGAGGAGGCAGGCUCGGUCGCGAGUGAACCGGCAUACUCGCGUCUGCGAGGGGAGCUAGCUGCGCAAAGUCCCGGGCGCUCGCCCCGCGGACGCUCUGCGAGCGACGAGGACCCGCAAACGAAGCUUCGAUCACGAUCUGGAGACAGGCACAGGAAGGGUGAUCUGGACACGCCCAUGAGCGAGCUGGUGCGCGCUCUACGGGAGGCGAAGCGAAACUAG